GUCUAGCCCGCUCAAUCGCGUGAUGUCGCCACUUGCACCACUCGAAGCAGCAGAAUGAGAGAAAUCAUCCCCGCGCACGUCCCACUCGUGUGAAUGCGUGACUGUGCACGACUGUGCUGUGGCUUCCGCGCCCGGGUGUUUUCUGCUUCGGGAUCUCGGUCUCUGUCAUACAUUUUUCUUAAUUCGGACGAUUCGGUCAUUCUCCGAUAGAUAAUCUUAGCAUUCGUUUCGGCCGGUGGCCUCAUCCUUACUGGAACAACCGACCUAAAGGAAGGAACGCGACAAGCGAAACCGUGGCUCAGACGAAUGCUCAGGACUUAUCUCUGGAUCUUCUUAACUUGCGGUGCUCGUAUUCAUCAAUGAUGAAAGUGGUUAUCGUCUAUCGUUAGGGCGAAAUUUUGAAGUACAGAAGGGACAAAUGAAUUCGGAAUGUAAUUUUGGAUCGUCUGUUUGCUAAUCGCUUGCUAUAUCAGCAGCAGAUUAAAGUAAUAAAUAGAAUUUUAAAACGGAAUAUUUUGCGGAGACAAAAUUCUAUCGUUUGUUGCAGUGAUUCUAUUACCAUAUUUUACUCAAGAUUUCUUUCUGACAAUUAGUAAUUUAAAUGCGAUCUAGCUUUAGUGAUAAUAUGGGGCCAACUGUAAAAGAUUCUCCUCCAAGUAGUCCUGGAUCCGAAAGCAUGAGCAGUGCCGUGUCCGGGAGACGAAAAAGGAGGGGAAAUGAAACUAGUGGUUCAACGUCUGUACAACAAAAUUUUUCACAUGCUGCACAAUAUACCCCAAUGGAUUCCAAAUAUCAACCCAAAGAAGAGAAAGAAUCAAAAUUAUUCGACAAUGGUGUCAGUGCGCCUCAUAUGUUAGGUAAUCAGCUGAAUCCGACAUCAUCAAUGGCACAAAAAAUGUCGGAUACUCUUUCACAGGAAUUGAAAGCACAUUCAAUUUUCACAGAAGCGACUAAUUCUGGAAUGAAUUUAGUUGGGCCUCCGCUUCAUAGUCGUGUGAUUGCUUCGGCUAAAGCCAAUCAAAAUGCUGUAACUACACCGUCAUUUUCUUCAGUGUUUUCUCCAAAUAAUACCGCAGGUACAACUAAUAAUAGCGGAGUGUUAGGAAGUGGAUCGAUUCCUCAAACAUUGGAUCAGUUAUUGGAAAGACAGUGGGAACAAGGUAGUCAAUUUCUUAUGGAUCAAGCGCAACAUUUUGAUAUCGCAUCAUUGUUGUCGUGUUUGCAUCAACUAAGAGCAGAAAAUUUACGCUUAGAAGAAAAUGUAAAUAGUUUGUUGCAAAGGAGAGAUCACCUACUUGCUGUAAAUGCUAGGCUAGCAAUUCCAUUAACAUCACCAUCGACUACUAGUAGUCAUACAUCAGUUGUUGAAAAUGGAUUAACAAAUAAUUCAUCCGCUGAACCAACAACGCAUUCCCAAUUUUCACAUCGAACAUCCACAGUAAAUGUUCCGCAACAAAGUACAACGAUUAGGCAUGCAUCAGGAAGUAGUAAUUAUCAAGGACAAGCAAACAACCUCAUUUCUCAAAAUAAUUCAAAUAAUUCGAAUUUAAUUAGAAAUACGUCAGUUGACAUGUUACGAAGUAUCCAAAGAUAAAAAUCAUAUUUUAGUUAAUAUUAGGUUAACCGAAGUGAAUAAUAUGCUGUAAUAAUGUAUUGUAAUGCAAUUAUUUUCUUUUAUAUUAGUUGAUCAA